CCCAGAUUUGCGCCAAAUCUCCACCCACGAUCCUACCACCAGCCGUGCUGGGCUGCCCAGUCGACCGAAUUUGACGUGCGACCUCGAUCAAUUACUCGACCUCCGAGUCGGCGGGGGCCCGCACCCUAUCUAGGGGGCGCACGGCGUUUUAGCGGGCGUCUUCCCCCAGUGCCAGCUUCGCGGGCUCCAAGGCAACCUCAAUAGGGCGCCGCGCCGGCACCCAAAGCCCUUCAGCAAUGGCCGAACUCACGCUCAAAGGGGCAGCUCUCGCGAUGGUCCUCGGUGCCAUCUUUGGGUAUACUCUCUUCCACUUCAUAGUUUUUGUCCGGACGUCCCGUAAGGACUUGGACUCCUUACGGCCCACCCCCCCAACAACGAAACCGGAGCCUAAAGUCAUUUGGCCGGAAGCGCCUGAGGGUUUCCGGAAACCGUGGGCCGAGGGAGAUCCCACCAACACCAGUCGGUACCAGCUCUGUGGCACCUGUCAGCAGAUCGACCUCGGCCUGCUGGGUCUUGAAUUGCGGUCGAUGUCCAGAGAUUCGAGUCAGUCUGUGCGUCUGGGCCACAGCCUUGGUGGGGUCAGGUCAGGCAGGGAGUUGUGCGAUCUCUGCGAUCUCAUCUGGCGCUCGCUUUUCGACGACGACCCAAUUCACCCGCGCAUAAAGGAAAGCGAUUUUCCGGAUUACAUUACAGUGACCCUCAGCCUGGACACCUUUGCGGACAUCAGUCUGUCCCACCUGCACAGUAGCCACAUGCUCCAAAGGCAAGGCAGUCAGCACACCUUUGUGACCAAUAUGAUUUCUGUCCAAAUUCAGUCGCCUUGUGACACUUGUUUCCCUGGGGAUGUCCGUUUCCUCAAAAAAGGGAAGAUCAUGAUUUAUAGACGAUCGGACCAACUGCCAGACGCGGACGAUCUGUGCCCUGCGCUUCGCGAACAACCUCUGCCGCCCGCAAACUCUGAUAAAACCUUUGCCACGAUUGAUUCCUGGCUUCAAGGAUGUCUCAGGGAUCAUCCGGCUUGCAGGACUACGCGUUUAAACAAGGCGCGCACGUGUGAACCACCGCCCAGAUUGAUAGAGAUACCUGUUGAUGCUGGCCAUGUCCGUCUCAUCGAGGCAACUGACGUCCAAGAGCCCUACGCUGCUCUAAGCUAUUGCUGGGGCAACUUCAAUUCGCUUUCCGACUCAGAACAGGCAAACCCUCUGACAACCACGUCGACCACCUUCAAGGAGUUCCAGAUACAAAUACCUUUGGACGCCAUCCCCUUAACCAUCCAGCAAGCAAUUUAUAUCACCCGCCGGCUCGGCAUCAAGUACCUAUGGGUCGAUUCCAUGUGCAUUGUUCAAGACGAUCCAGUCGACUGGCAAAACCACACCGUCCUGAUGGGUUCUAUAUACGCCAACGCCCUUGUUACCAUAGCAGCCACGGGGGCCGCCAAUAGCUCAGAGGGCUGCUUUCUAUCUAACCCAAUAGCCGAAGGAGGUUCGGAUUCGCUUUACAAACACGAAGCAAAGCUACCGAUUGUCAUCUCUGGCCGCUACAUAGGCGACAUGUUCGCCGCCCCACUUUCGAUGCGGCGCAACUUGAAUGGCCUGAAAGGUCUGGGGGCUGAACUCGCAGUGAGUUGUUGGGAAAAUAGGGCCUGGGUGCUGCAGGAGCGCUUCUUUUCGAGACGGAUCGUGCAUUUUGGAGCGUCCCAGGUCCAUUGGGAGUGCGAGCAGAUGGUAGCUAGCCAGAUGCGGCCGUUUUCCGAGUUGCGAUGGCGCGCGGCCUCGACAAAGAAGCCGGUGCUCAACGUGGAGCGCUGGUGGUGCAGUUUGCUAUCGCAGUACACCUCGUCGGAACUUAGCGUGGACGGGGACCGUCUCCCCGCGAUUGCGUCUAUUGCGAAGGAGAUCGCUGAGGCCCACAAGCUUACCUACGUCGCGGGAGUAUACGCCGAGAUGCUUCCGCGUUGCCUAGUCUGGGCUGCUGCGACUAACUCUCGUCCCGGGGAUGACUGGGCGAGACUAUGGAAUAACUGCCUCAAGAUAAAGCCGUUAACCCAUCCAUAUGUAUGUCCUAGCGAGCGAGUGUCGUCCUGGAGUUGGGCACACUGGGAGGGUUCUAUCGCCACCUUGAACAUCCACAGCUAUGACCCUUUUUUUAGCCUUAUGGGUGGCAUAAAAGUGGUCGAGCGAGGAGACGAGCACAGCCAUCACCAGUCAUCUUUGGUACUGUGGUCCCAGAUCCGCCGAGUGACCCGCUCGCAGAGACGGAUGGAGACGUCCGACCAGUGGCCCACGGCCUCGGUCUGCUACGCCAUACUCCGAGAUGACCCGGAAGGGAGUGGCGGCACGGAGAGCGAGGGAUUUGUUGUCUUUGAUGAUCCUGAGAACGCCGCCCCGAUGGAGUUUGAUCUGGUUCCGGUAGGCACCUCGUACGGUACCUCGUACGGUACCUCGGACGGUACCUCGUCCUUGAUUUGGUCUAGAUUCUGGAGCGUCGACAUAUCGCUAGCCGUCAAACGUGUGGGGAAUGAGGCCGCGGAUAUGAAGGAGGCCCGGGCGCUGGGCGUGGAAGGAGGAGCUGCGCUGCUACCGGACCGGUACCGCCGGCUGGGACUCGUAGUGCGAUUUUGGGGGUGUGCUUUCCAUAAGCUUGGACCAUUCACCUGGGAACCGCUGGCCUGCAAUGCGACAAUAUCCUUUGUUAGGCUAUCAGAACCAUUUGCGAACGGUCUGAUGGCUUGGUUCCCUUUUGGUUACUUCAAGAGGUUUCACUCAUACCGACAGAUUUGUUUGAUAUAAGCCGGAGCCUUCCCUGUCGGGCUACCCACGAGGCCCAGGAGAUAUCUAGCUCGCGAAGAAGGCGCGAGAGUAAGAAAAGAGCCGGAGAAAUAAGGGGAGGGACAAAAGGAAGAGAAAUGGUCACGGGCACAAAGUCGGCCGAUACGUAUCGAACAAUGAUGCUGUAUACUACCCCUGAGAAACACACUGCAUGAAGAAACCGUGGAAUAGUCUUGUGUGUCGCCCGGAAAAGGUAGCCUCUAUAGAGCUAUCCACAAAACAGAAUGCCUACAAAAAGACACAUGUUGAUAAGGGG